AACGUUCGUCUCGUUAUGGGUCCUAAAAGAAGGGAUACCAGGAAAAGGACACGUGGUCCAGAACUAGAUCCUUAUAAUCCGAAUAAUUGGACAUCAACAGAGCUGAAAGAGAAAUUAGCUUUGCUAGGGAUUAAAAUAUCCGAAAACUUCACUAAUAAACAAUUGAAGCGUAUUUUCUUGGAUAUUAAAAAAAGUAAUCCGGAAAGUUCUGACAAUGGAAACACUGAAAUUAACAACAUCAGUGCUACUGUAAAUACGUCUUUAUCACCAAAUUUAGAAGAUGAUGUUAUUCUAUCACCUACAAAUACUCAAAAUGCCGAAUUUUCUAGCUUAAUUCCGAUAGCAUCUACAUCGCGGAUGAAUACAGUGGAACCCACGCCUUUACCAGCAGUAGGUGCUUCUGCGCAUCAAAACCACGCAUUUCCGCCCAGGACUGAUCUCAACACGCUUGACUAUGCUCUUGUUAACAACACUUUGCAAUUAUGUCAGCAAGUUAUUGCCAGUGUUCCAAAACAGACUAAUAAUAAUAAAUUCAACUUGCAUUCCGCCAUGAACUUUAACCCCGGGCCUGGAUCAACUUUACCCGUUAAUCAAAACACUUUUGGUGUUCAAAACCCUACGUUGGGAGAAUUUACACAAACAAACCCCAAUCAGAUGAAUUUUCCGAACAGUUUUGCAUCACAAGUUCCUAUCUUUUCCAUGCAAAACCAACACAUGCAAAUGACAAAACAUGGAUAUCCUGCCACAGCAUUUUCUGGAGUUGAUAUGGUUUCUCCAGAGAUUCGCACCAAAAUAAUCUCAGAUGAACAAAUUUCAUCAGUUAGCACCAGAGGCAGAGAAAGCAGCAACUCCUUGUCCAACCCUGGAAGAGAUUAUUUGGACAUCGCAGUAGAAAAUUUACAAACUUUCGCUGUUGCAGAUUCAACUAAAGCUUUGUACAACGUGGGAUAUGAACAUUAUCUUAAGUUCUUACAAUUACAAGGAUCAACUUGGUCAACUUUCCAGUUACCACCAGUUUCUGAGAACUUGUUGAUGCGUUUCAUAGCCUAUUGCGAAUCUAAUAAACAUCUGAGAUAUUCCACCAUUAAAUCCUACCUAUGUGGUAUACGUUUCUAUUACUUACUUAAAGGGGGUGUUAAUCCAUUAGAGAAUUUUGUUGGUAAACCAUUGCCAAAAUUAAAAUCAGUAUUAGUAGGUUUGAAAAAGAAACAUGCCAUUAUGCCUAAGAGAAUUCGUUUACCCAUAACAUUUGAUAUUUUAUACAAAAUGUGUUUUUUACUACGCAAUUGUAUUUUUGAUAGUUAUACAGAUGUUUUAAUAGAAGCUGCAUGUGUAACAGCUUUUUUCGGGUUUUUAAGAUGUGGUGAAUUUUCUGUUAAUGAUACAAACAAAUUUGAUCAUGAAUCAAAUUUGUGUCUGAGUGAUGUUCAAAUAACAAAUGAUUGUAUUUUUGUGCAUCUUAAGAAAUCUAAGACUGAUCCUUUUAGGUAUGGUAUUACUAUUCCUUUGUUCAAAAACAAUACAGAUAUAUGUCCUGUAGUAGUACUUCAAAAAUACUAUAGACUCAGAAUGAGUAUUUUUAGCAAUUCUGAGUCCUUUUUUAUUACUAAUAAAGGUGAUCCAUUGUCAAGAAAUUUUUUCAUUUCUCAUGUUAAAUGUACAUUAGACAAAUUAGGAUUAUCCAGCGAAAAGUAUAAUGGUCAUUCAUUCAGAAGUGGUGCUGCAACUACUGCACACAAAGCACGACUGGAAGAUCAUCUUAUUCAAACUUUGGGACGAUGGUCCUCAGAUUGUUAUACCAAAUAUAUUCAUACCUCUCCAGAUGUACUUAGACAAGCUCAAAUUCAAAUGACCUCUACUUUGAACAAUUAAUAUUUGUACUGACAGCAAGGAGUGAAUUGAUUUUUAUCCUUCUCAUUAUUUCAACUUGGGGCUACAGCUGCAAGCAUCUGUAUUUGGCUAUUUCGAUACAAAAUUUUUAGUCAAUCUAUGAAAAAUUAUCUCAAUUCCAAGUUUCAAGAUUUAGUUAGAGUUAUCUCCCUUUGCAUAUGGAGAUAGAACAUUAUACAUUAUUGGUUUUUAAUUGCAGUUGUAUAAGUCCCCAGUUGCCAUAUUGUAAAUAAAUGCAUAUACUUUUAGAUUCUUGAAUAAAUAAUAGUUUAGUACUUAGUCUUUAUAUAUAUUAAUAUACUUCUCAUCACACUUACAGUUUAUUACAAACUUCAGACAUUUGUCCUUUAGAAAUUGAGAUUUGGGUUUAUGCUUAUGAGACAGCAACUCAAGGCAUUAUUAUAAUUUCUGUGUUAAAGAGUUUAUAGGUGAACUAGAGACAUUAAUUUGGUAUUAGAUAAACCACUUAUAAUAAAUCAGGAACAAGUGAAGUCAUAAAAUUAAAAUUAUAUUUAUUAUAAUUGGAGUUUAUUAUGAACUUGUCACCUCACUCUAUUGGGUAGUUAAUUAUCUUUGCACACGGUCUAUGAUGUCACAGUGCACAUUCCAUUCUUAUCUAUAUUGCUACGUCAUUAAUUCUCACGAUGUUGGUGUAUGAUAUCUGAUGCAAGGAAUACAUGAACUUCUAUUGUUUUGGUCAGCUUUUUGCCACCACCUCCCCACCACUCUCCUUGCUGUCAGUGCCAUGGGGACUUUCAUUGAUGUAUAUAUGUUGUUACAUAGUGUGAUGAUUGUGUUAUAUACUUUUUGUUUAUUAUUAGAAUUUUACAAUUGCUUGUCAUUAUUUUACUUGAUUAAUUUUUUAUUUUUUUUAUUUUCUUUGUAUUGUAAUAACAAAUAAUAUUAACAAUUGAAUCAAUUUUUGAUACCAUACUGAUGUAUGGUCUAAAUUCCUUAUUUUUAACGGUCUUUGUACCUCAUUUUGACACCAUACUGACGUAUGGUUUAAUUUACAUUGUUCCUUGAUACUUAUUACAUAUUUCUGAUACCAUACUGACGUAUGGCCUGGUUACCUUUCUAUGGCACCAUACUGACGUAUGGUUUAAACGCAUCAUUUGACACCAUACUAACAUAUGGUUUUAAUUUCUUAUUUUGUCACCAUAAUGACUUAUGGUUUAAAUUACCUUUUGACACCAUACUGACGUAUGGUCUAAGCAUCUCUUUUUGACACCAUACUGAGGUAUGGUUUAAGCACCUAUUUUUGACACUAUACUGACGUAUGGUUUAAGCACCUCUUUUUGACACCAUACUGACGUAUGGUUUAAGCACCUCUUUUUGACACCAUACUGACGUAUGGUUUAAGCACCUCAUUUUGACACCAUACUGACGUAUGGUUUAAGCACCUCUUUUUGACACCAUACUGACGUAUGGUCUAAACAUCCUAUUUUUGAUACCAUACUGACGUAUGGUCUAAACAUCCUAUUUUUGAUACCAUACUGACGUAUGGUUUAAACAUCUUGUUAUUUUAUACCAUUUUUUGUUUGGUUUAUACUUCUAUACAAUGUAUUGUUGGAACAAUAUACUUAUGAACCUUUUAUAUUUGUUUGUUAAAAUCUUACUUUUUCAUCUAUUUUAUGAAUGGCUAUUUCGAUACAAAAUUUUUAGUCAAUCUAUGAAAAAUUAUCUCAAUUCCAAGUUUCAAGAUUUAGUUAGAGUUAUCUCCCUUUGCAUAUGGAGAUAGAACAUUAUACAUUAUUGGUUUUUAAUUGCAGUUGUAUAAGUCCCCAGUUGCCAUAUUGUAAAUAAAUGCAUAUACUUUUAGAUUCUUGAAUAAAUAAUAGUUUAGUACUUAGUCUUUAUAUAUAUUAAUAUACUUCUCAUCACACUUACAGUUUAUUACAAACUUCAGACAUUUGUCCUUUAGAAAUUGAGAUUUGGGUUUAUGCUUAUGAGACAGCAACUCAAGGCAUUAUUAUAAUUUCUGUGUUAAAGAGUUUAUGGGUGAACUAGAGACAUUAAUUUGGUAUUAGAUAAACCACUUAUA